AUGAUAGUCUUUCGUGACUUGUUAUUGCCGAUCAUGUUCGUUGGACUCACUAUGACAUACGUGCAUGCUAAACGAGAGAUUUCACACGCUCAUCGAGACCCUGAUUAUGGACUCACUGUCAUGGAGAUCAUAAAAGCACGCGGCUAUGACGUUGAGGAACACAAAGUCACGACGUUGGAUGACUAUAUUCUAACGAUGUAUCGCCUGCCCAAGUCAUACAAAGAGAGUCAAUCAAAUGUUACGACAAUGGCAAAAAAAUUCGCUGUAUACUUAAUUCACGGACUCCUUCACACAAGUUUCACGUUCGUCAGCAAUUUUCGCAACCAAAGUUUAGCUUUUAUCAUGGCAGAUGCCGGCUACGACGUUUGGCUUGGCAAUAAUCGUGGUACAACCUGGUCAAACGAACACGUCACUUAUUCAACCGACAGCGAUGAGUAUUGGGACUUUUCAUGGCAAGAGAUGGCUCUCUACGACAUGCCUGCAAUGAUUAACUACGUCUUAAAUACAACACGUCAGUCGAGUCUGAGCUACGUUGGACAUUCGGAAGGGACCAUGCAAGCGUUUGCUGGAUUCUCACUCAACCAGAAGUUAGCUAAAAAAGUCUCGUACUUUGGUGCACUCUCCCCCGUUGCUUACGUCGGUCAUAUAGCGUCACCAUUAUUCAGAUACCUGGCUAAAUUUCAUCUGGAUGGUCUUCUUACACGUUUAGGCAUUCGUACAUUUGGAGAGACAAACUGGUUGAUUCAAAGUCUUUUGGAUAAAUACAAAUGUUCGAUAGCCGGCCAGUCGUGCUAUUCAAUCAUCAAUGCUAUCUCAGGACCAUCCAACAAUACAAACAUCACACGUGUACCAGUGUAUCUUUCGCGUACACCCGUGUCCACAUCGGUCAAGAAUCUAGUACACUUUGCUCAGGGCGUUCGAGAGAAUACGUUUCGAUUCUAUGACUAUGGAUGUAGAUGUAACAAAGAAAUGGGGCUGGCUAGAUGCUCGAGUCGUAAGUGUAAAAACAAAGAGGUCUACGACGCGUUCGAGCCACCUUCCUUUGAUCUUGGAGCUGUGAAGUACCCACGUAUGGGGUUUUACCGAGGUGUCGAUGACUUGUUAGCUACCAGCACAGAUAUUGCUCAACUUCGCGCUGGAUUGAGAAAUGCAACCAUACUCACUGAUCGUAGCUACAAGUAUAACCAUAUUGAUUUCACGUGGGCGUACAACGCUAAUGAAGUUGUCUACCAAGACCUCGUCACUCAAAUUACCAAGUAUGUUGAUAACUGCGUCCAAAAAAAUAUUGAUGCUCAAAAAGAUCGUCUUGUUGGGAUGAUUGACAAAUGUUCAAAGAUAAAUUGUUCAGGGCAGUCACAGGGUAACUUAAACACAAAUAUACUUUUGAUUGGUAUGGGGAAAUGGCCGAAGAUGCGGAAUGUACGGCGUAGCCAAUUUAGAGUCAAAUACGGGCUAUUUGUCGCGUAA